UGGACAUCAAGGUUCUGCAAAGUGCUCUGGCAGCCAUUCGUCACGCUCGCUGGUUUGAGGAAAAUGCUUCUCAGUCAACUGUUAAAGUUUUGAUCCGCUUGCUGAAAGACCUGCGAGUCCGAUUCUCUGGAUUUGAGCCUCUCACGCCCUGGAUUCUAGAUCUGCUGGGACACUCUGCUGUGAUGAACAACCCCUCUAGGCAGCCCUUGCCACUCAACGUUGCUUACAGGCGCUGUCUUCAGAUGCUAGCCGCAGGUCUUUUCCUGCCAGGCUCUGUCGGAAUCACUGAUCCUUGUGAAAGCGGAAACUUCCGUGUGCACACUGUCAUGACCCUGGAGCAGCAGGACAUGGUGUGUUUCACAGCCCAAACACUGGUGAGGGUUCUCUCUCAUGGAGGAUACCGAAAGAUCUUGGGCCUGGAAGGAGAUGCUAGUUAUCUCACCACUGAGAUGUCUACAUGGGAUGGAGUGAUUGUCACCCCAUCUGAAAAAGCUUAUGAGAAACCCCCAGAGCGCAAGGAAGAGGAGGAUGAGGCGUUGGAGGAAGGCGGAGAGGGGGAAGAUGAAAGCAUGGAGACCCAGGAGUAAUGCAGUGGUCUCUGACGUUUUGGCUUGGUCAUUUUAUUUAUGUUUGUUUUUAUUAGAGAUCUGCGUCUCAUAUCUAUAAGUUUUACCCAGAGGUCCCCUGCAUAUCUACAUUUGGGUUCUGUACAUCAGUCUGCACUUCCUGGAGUUAAAGCCAUGGUAGUAAACAGCGAAAAGCUAUAACAAGGACCAAAAGGCAAGGGCUCAUUAUUCUAUCUUCUAACCUCAGCUCAUUCUGAUAUGGUUAUGUCUAGGAAAAGGACUGAAAAUCACUUUUAAUUUGGUUUCAUGUUUU